UUGUAACCACGCUCCCGCGCUACACUAAUGGUGCGCAUCUGAGCACUACUGAACACGACUAGUGAAAGACAUAUUGAGACAGGAAGAAGGACUGUUGUGAGCCGGCUAAAAGUCAUGGGAGUCUGAACAGUCUGGUGCUGAGUGCUGUCCUGUGUGAUACUAGGAAACUGUGUGUGAGACCUGGAGCGACACUGGGAAGUGUGUCGGUGGUCUGUUCUGUGUUCUGAUUUGACCAUUUCUUUGCUAACUUUAAAGUUCAAUGCUCACUUAAAGUCAGGAUUUAACAAAGAAAAAAAAGAGAACCAGAAACAAAAAAGAAAGGUGCAUAUAGUAUACAAGACAGAAAGAGAAUGGCCGAACAGGACUUAGUGUUAGUACUGCUAAAGAAACAUAAGAAAAAGAAAUGCGAAGAGAGUGAUUCUAACUCCAGUGAUAGAUCCAGCGACAAUGAUGAUGAAGUUUCUUCGUCCAGUGAUUCUAAAUCAAGUGAAAGAUCCAGCGACUUAGAGGAUGACUUUAACUUUGACCCGAAGGUAGAUUCCGAUUCUUCAUCGGGGUCAAGCUCUUCAGAUUCAUCUUCAUCUUCUGACUCAGAAGCUAAAUCAAGACGGGACAGGGUGCUCAAAGAGAAAGAGAGGAAGGGGGAAAAGAAAAAAAAGAGAAAAUAAGAAAAGUCGUUAUCAUUUAUUUUAGUUUCUCAACUCUAUCAGUUAUGUGGACAGUAUGCGUUUUCAUAGGUGAUUGGUUAAAAAGUCCGAAAUAGAUUCAAUAUUAAAUAUGACCUAAGAUUUCGCUCAAUAUUUGUAGAUAGCAUUUCUCUCAACUCUACUACUGUCAUUUUAUUAGCAGCCCCCGUAAAAGGAAAAGCCGCUAUUAGGUUUGUGCAAAAUGUCCGCCUGUCCGUCUGUCACACUGAGAUCUCAAAAUCUAGAAGAGAAAUAAACAAUCUUAUUUCACCAUGCGUUGUGGCUUGCAAAGUUUAGGUGCAACGGCUUGUUUUUUUUUUGUUUUCUAAGGGCAGACCGUUUAGUUUGAUUAGUGCUUCCAUCAGCGUAAAAGCAGCUUUUUUUUUUCUUUGUAUUAUGUAUUGUCCGUCACGUUUAUAUUUAAAAAAAAAACAACACUAAAAUCUAUUGAAAAUCUGAUUUAACCCUUAAUGUUCCUUCCGGAGCAUUGCAACAGUUUUAAGUAUCUAAAAUAGAUUGUUCUGGAUGUUUUUGUGAAAAAUAAAUAAAUGCCAACAAAUGUUUGUAAUCUCUUCUAAUGUAUUUUGCAUUUAAUUUUCGUACUUAAAAGUUGCAAAAACUCAUGAUCAAUAAUAUGCCUAUACUGACUUAUAUUUCAUUAACUAUAAAUUUGUAUUUGUUCCGGAUAUUGUUUUAUAAAAAAUAAAUUACGUCAAAUGAUUGUUUGAAAUCGCAUAAUUGACUUAUAUUACAAUUAUAUAUAAAAGUGUGUGUGUAUAUAUAUAUAUAUAUAUAUAUAUAUAUAUAUAUAUAUAUAUAUAUAUAUAUAUUGUUAUAAACCUGGUGGUGGCACAGAUGGGGGUAGUGGUGUGAGUGUAGUCAGCCGACGCAAAUCGCCCCAGGCCAGCGCUAGACGAGCGGUCAACCGUGACGAGUUACGAUGGUCAGCCGAGACGAGUGUCAACACAGUGGUUCGGGAAGGAUCGACGGCGGUCCGGGAAGGAUCGACGUCGUGAACAGAGCUCAGUAGCGUCACGAGAGUUGUAGUUAUCUGACCACCUAGAAACGUCGAGCGGCGUUCUAUCCGGUUCGAGAAGGCCAGUAGGGACCCUAUAUAAGAGCGGAGGUGUCGCAGUCAAGACGGUUCACGGCAGGGGUUCGGAGCCCGGUUCACUACAGUCCGGUCGACUACAGCACAGUUCAGCGGUGUGGUUCUGUACGGAGCAUUACGACGGUUCAGUGCGGAGUACUGUCAAGUACAGUUGAGACGGCUGGCGUCUUGAUCUUGGUCUGUGAUCGAGUCCGACACAACGAGCCUAGUGUGUGAAGUCAGUCCUGAACUGUUGAACCCAGUGCAAGCCCGGAACGAGACGUUGAGGCCAGUGCAAGAGUUGAUACGGCGGAACGGUGUUAUCGGAGAGAUAUUUGUACAGUGUACGUGUUGCCAAUUGUACAGUAUUGGCUGUUAUUUAUCGACAUUAAACUAUUACGUUACUUUGGAGCCCUGAGUUGUCAAGUUCUUUAGGUUGGUGGUGUAUGGUGCAGUUUGCAGAGAGCCUGGAUAUUGAGAGUCGUAACAACUGGUGUCAGAAGUGGGAUCGGAUCGGAAUCGGAUUGGAUCGGAUCUACUAUGGCUCGUCUGAAACUGCUGUACGAACUUGAAUUUAGAGAACUGAAGCAAGAACUCCGAGAUCGAGAUCUGAAAACGAGCGGAAAUAAAGAAACCUUACAAGCACGCCUCCGAGAUGACAUUUUGGAAGAAAAAGAAGAUCCGGACACAUAUCUUUUUGAAGUCGAACCUAACUUGCUGGAACAGAUCAAUUCCAAGCUAGAUGCCAUGAACACCAAGAUAGCCGCUAUGAACCAACGCAUACCUGCUGUAGAGGAGAGAAUCAUCAACUCAGACGUUCGUUCAGAUGCUAAAACCAGAGAGAGGAGCCUUGGUGGUGAUCACGAGGACCCAUUGAAACCUGACGAAGCCGUUGAGAGACAUAUGCAAGUCGAGAGAUACCAGCCAGGUCCGAACCUAACAGACGUUGGUCCAGCUGCCAAGACUAGAGAGGAAAGUCCUGAUGGUGGUAAAGAGAAUCCAAGGCAGUCUGACGUUGACGUUGAUGGACAUUUGAAAGACGAAUGUCAUCGACAGGGUCUGAAACCAACAAGCGAUUGGCCCGAUACUGAGACGAGAGAGAGAGGUCCUGAUGGUGGUGAAGAAAGCCGAAUGGAGCCUGAAGCUGAAGACGAGGGACCUUUUCACGAGGAGUGUUACCAACCUGCCCCACGAGCAUGCCCUCCAGACAAGGCUGAAGAUGAUGACCUGUCCCACAAUUCCCCGCCCUGUGGAUUUGAAGCCCAUCCCAGUCCUUCUUCGCAAAGCCCUAUGAAGCCACCUCUUUUGCCAACGAUCUUGGUAUCCCCAGCCCUUACAUCCUAUACCUCUCCAUGUGUCAAGUGGCUGUCCUCAGUACCGACCGACAAGAGAGCGAUGCAACCACAACGUCACUGCAACAAGAGGGCGAUCAACUGGAUGAAAAGAAGAAGGCGGCGUUUGCGUAGUCCAACGUGCAUGGUGAUUCUACCAAGAAAUAACUGCAGCCACAUGAAGACCAACUGGCGGAGAAGAAGAAGAAGGCUACUUUUGCUGAGUGCAACAUGGAUGACGAUGCGACAACUACAUUGAUGCAACCAGAUGAAGGCUAACUGGAGGAGAAGAAGAAAACGUUUUCUGAAUUCAACGUAGGUGGCGAUGAAAGCACGACGUCCAUGCAACCAGGUGAAGGCCAAUUGGAAGAGAAGAAGGAAGCGACCAUUGCUGACUGCAACAUGGAUGGCUCCAUCAAGCUCAAGAGGCAAGCCUACUGCCAGCUAUCGACCCCCGCCUGCAGCGAUGAAGCUUCACUGCCAAUGUCAUGAGGUUGAUUCUGUCCGGGACGGACAGAUCUAAGGAGGGGGCAGUGUUAUAAACCUGGUGGUGGCACAGAUGGGGGUAGUGGUGUGAGUGUAGUCAGCCGACGCAAAUCGCCCCAGGCCAGCGCUACACGAGCGGUCAACCGUGACGAGUUACGAUGGUCAGCCGAGACGAGUGUCAACACGGUGGUUCGGGAAGGAUCGACGGCGGUCCGGGAAGGAUCGACGUCGUGAACAGAGCUCAGUAGCGUCACGAGAGUUGUAGUUAUCUGACCACCUAGAAACGUCGAGCGGCGUUCUAUCCGGUUCGAGAAGGCCAGUAGGGACCCUAUAUAAGAGCGGAGGUGUCGCAGUCAAGACGAAUCACGGCAGGGGUUCGGAGCCCGGUUCACUACAGUCCGGUCGACUACAGCACAGUUCAGCGGUGUGGUUCUGUACGGAGCAUUACGACGGUUCAGUGCGGAGUACUGUCAAGUACAGUUGAGACGGCUGGCGUCUUGAUCUUGGUCUGUGAUCGAGUCCGACACAACGAGCCUAGUGUGUGAAGUCAGUCCUGAACUGUUGAACCCAGUGCAAGCCCGGAACGAGACGUUGAGGCCAGUGCAAGAGUUGAUACGGCGGAACGGUGUUAUCGGAGAGAUAUUUGUACAGUGUACGUGUUGCCAAUUGUACAGUAUUGGCUGUUAUUUAUCGACAUUAAACUAUUACGUUACUUUGGAGCCCUGAGUUGUCAAGUUCUUUAGGUUGGUGGUGUAUGGUGCAGUUUGCAGAGAGCCUGGAUAUUGAGAGUCGUAACAACUGGUGUCAGAAGUGGGAUCGGAUCGGAAUCGGAUUGGAUCGGAUCUACUAUGGCUCGUCUGAAACUGCUGUACGAACUUGAAUUUAGAGAACUGAAGCAAGAACUCCGAGAUCGAGAUAUGAAAACGAGCGGAAAUAAAGAAACCUUACAAGCACGCCUCCGAGAUGACAUUUUGGAAGAAAAAGAAGAUCCGGACACAUAUCUUUUUGAAGUCGAACUUAACUUGCUGGAACAGAUCAAUUCCAAGCUAGAUGCCAUGAACACCAAGAUAGCCGCUAUGAACCAACGCAUACCUGCUGUGGAGGAGAGAAUCAUCAACUCAGACGUUCGUUCAGAUGCUAAAACCAGAGAGAGGAGCCUUGGUGGUGAUCACGAGGACCCAUUGAAACCUGACGAAGCCGUUGAGAGACAUAUGCAAGUCGAGAGAUACCAGCCAGGUCCGAACCUAACAGACGUUGGUCCAGCUACCAAGACUAGAGAGGAAAGUCCUGAUGGUGGUAAAGAGAAUCCAAGGCAGUCUGACGUUGACGUUGAUGGACAUUUGAAAGACGAAUGUCAUCGACAGGGUCUGAAACCAACAAGCGAUUGGCCCGAUACUGAGACGAGAGAGAGAGGUCCUGAUGGUGGUGAAGAAAGCCGAAUGGAGCCUGAAGCUGAAGACGAGGGACCUUUUCACGAGGAGUGUUACCAACCUGCCCCACGAGCAUGCCCUCCAGACAAGGCUGAAGAUGAUGACCUGUCCCACAAUUCCCCGCCCUGUGGAUUUGAAGCCCAUCCCAGUCCUUCUUCGCAAAGCCCUAUGAAGCCACCUCUUUUGCCAACGAUCUUGGUAUCCCCAGCCCUUACAUCCUAUACCUCUCCAUGUGUCAAGUGGCUGUCCUCAGUACCGACCGACAAGAGAGCGAUGCAACCACAACGUCACUGCAACAAGAGGGCGAUCAACUGGAUGAAAAGAAGAAGGCGGCGUUUGCGUAGUCCAACGUGCAUGGUGAUUCUACCAAAAAAUAACUGCAGCCACAUGAAGACCAACUGGCGGAGAAGAAGAAGAAGAAGGCUACUUUUGCUGAGUGCAACAUGGAUGACGAUGCGACAACGACAUUGAUGCAACCAGAUGAAGGCUAACUGGAGGAGAAGAAGAAAACGUUUUCUGAAUUCAACGUGGGUGGCGAUGAAAGCACGACGUCCAUGCAACCAGGUGAAGGCCAAUUGGAAGAGAAGAAGGAAGCGACCAUUGCUGACUGCAACAUGGAUGGCUCCAUCAAGCUCAAGAGGAAAGCCUACUGCCACCUAUCGACCCCCGCCUGCAGCGAUGAAGCUUCACAGCCAAUGUCAUAAGGUUGAUUCUGUCCGGGACGGACAGAUCUAAGGAGGGGGCAGUGUUAUAAACCUGGUGGUGGCACAGAUGGGGGUAGUGGUGUGAGUGUAGUCAGCCGACGCAAAUCGCCCCAGGCCAGCGCUAGACGAGCGGUCAACCGUGACGAGUUACGAUGGUCAGCCGAGACGAGUGUCAACACGGUGGUUCGGGAAGGAUCGACGGCGGUCCGGGAAGGAUCGACGUCGUGAACAGAGCUCAGUAGCGUCACGAGAGUUGUAGUUAUCUGACCACCUAGAAACGUCGAGCGGCGUUCUAUCCGGUUCGAGAAGGCCAGUAGGGACCCUAUAUAAGAGCGGAGGUGUCGCAGUCAAGACGAAUCACGGCAGGGGUUCGGAGCCCGGUUCACUACAGUCCGGUCGACUACAGCACAGUUCAGCGGUGUGGUUCUGUACGGAGCAUUACGACGGUUCAGUGCGGAGUACUGUCAAGUACAGUUGAGACGGCUGGCGUCUUGAUCUUGGUCUGUGAUCGAGUCCGACACAACGAGCCUAGUGUGUGAAGUCAGUCCUGAACUGUUGAACCCAGUGCAAGCCCGAAACGAGACGUUGAGGCCAGUGCAAGAGUUGAUACGGCGGAACGGUGUUAUCGGAGAGAUAUUUGUACAGUGUACGUGUUGCCAAUUGUACAGUAUUGGCUGUUAUUUAUCGACAUUAAACUAUUACGUUACUUUGGAGCCCUGAGUUGUCAAGUUCUUUAGGUUGGUGGUGUAUGGUGCAGUUUUCGGAGAGCCUGGAUAGUGAGAUUCUAACAUAUUGUUACGUAUUUCUGAAUCUUCUGGCUAGAAGUAUUAGUUGGCACACAAAUAAAAACACAGCAAAGAACUUGACGACUAAACUUUCAGUUUCAUAUAACUUUAAUGACUAUUAACUCUAACAAUUUAUUACUGUAACAUGUAGCGUAGAAGACUGUACAAUAUCUGUCAGUUUAUAGUUAGCUAUACUUUGUUGCAAUGCAUCUCUUCACUUCGUUGCAAUUCCUCUCUUCUCAACUUUCCUCGAGCCGUAUUCCACAGAACAGACCAACGACACACUUCCCAGUGUCGCUCCAGGUCUCCCAAAGCUGAACCAAGUCGUACUCAAGUCUACCGAAUCAGAGCCGCACACGUCUUACAUCGACUGUAUCGACUGUAACGGCUCAAGUCCACUGUAGUUCACUGUAUAGACUUUAACGACAGUAGUCCACUCCAGUUAACUCUACCCUAGUUAACUUGCAUCGAGUCGUACACAUUUCUCUUCCACAGAGCCGCACACGUCUUACAUAGUCUGUAUCGACUGUAACGGCUCACUCACGACUCCAUACGACUCACUUUCACAUUAACUUUCUGGCUUAUAUAGAGUCCCUAAUCGCUUCUCCAAAGUUGCACAAACACUCCUAGUAUCCUCUGGAAUAACAUGUCAGGAAACGUCACAUCCUGUCUUUAUUUAUACACGUAGAUUCCAGAAAACACUCGCUGCAGUGUCAUCAAGUCGGGGUCACACGUAGUGACCUUUAUCUGUCACUGUUCAUUAGUAACUGUCCCCCUACUUAGAUCUGUUCGUCCCCUGGAACAACACGUGUGGACACGUCACAUCCUGUCUUUGUUUGUACAUGUAGAUUCCAGGGAACACUAGCUGCUGUGUCAUCUCGCCGGGGUCAUACGUUGACCUCUACCUAUCACUGUUCAUUUGUAACAAUAUAUAUAUAUAUAUAUAUAUUAAAUGAAAUGCUAUAAUGUCUAUAAACCCUCGUCAACUCUCUCGUGUUAAAAACACGUUAAAACACAUGUUAAAACAUUAUAAGUCUAACUAGGCCGUGUGACGAAAUGAAAUAUUUUUUCCUUUUACGUUAUAGGGAAUUAAACCUUUAAAUGAAAUGUUAUAAUAACUCGGCACAUCAAUGUUUAUUAAAUUCCUCAACUUUCUGGUAUUAAAAAAAAAAGACAU